AAAAGUCCAACCGAAAGGGAAGGCAUUUCUUAUCUAAACUAAACGUGUCAUCUGAGGCACGGUGAUGCUCAUCAAAGAUCAACACGGGUUGGGGGAUUCUCUGUUCAAUGUAUAUUAGUUAGUUGCAGCUUCAGGGCUUCAUCAAGUCCGGAGUUGGAUAGUUUUGUGGUGCACGUUGAAGUGAGGAAGAUUGGUGUUUUCUUGUUUAUACGUGUACUGACGUGUUGUAAACAGACGAAGUGUUGAGGUUGUUUUGUGCUCAAGCUUGUCGUCGAUUCGAGGUAGUCAAAUUUUUAUUCAAACAAACUGAAAGAGUACAAACAGUCAUUUUCCACAUCUUUCGGGAGCUUCAUAAUGGGAACAUUUUAUGUUCGAACCAUUCCAAACGAUGAGCUGUUAACCCUUCUAGAGAACGUCAUCAAGGAAAAGUUGAUGAUCCCUUAAACAUCUGUUAAGACUAGAAAAAAUAAGGAACAAUAAAACAGUCUAUUCACUUGGAUGUGGAUCUAUACAACGUAACAAUGAAGUCGAAUGGAGUGUAGACGAAAAUAGGGCUGUUUAGCUUUUAACUGCUGGGAUUUCGUUAUUUACUGCCUUUUGAGGAUUCAGAAUGAAGCUCUGGAAGGUGCUUGCUAGAAAUAGUCACGUCUAUACCAAUCAACCAGGUGCGAGAAAUCAUUCUGCGAUGGAGUUGUAUGACUACAAAUCAGUUUGCUCUACCACUAUUUCUGAAGACUCAGGGAAACAUUCCGAAGGAUUCUAUUCUGACCUUCAAAGACUGCAGUUGACUACUACAGUUCAACUGAGAAAAAAUCCUGGUGAAUCUUUGGGAAUCAUAAUAGGAAAUUCUGACUUGGGUUCCACUCCGAGUAUUGCAUCUUUAAGACCAGGCUCAGUAGCUGUAGCAAGUGACCAGUUAGUACCUGGUGACAGGAUCCACAGUAUCAAUGGCAUAAUCACUUCCAAAAUGAGGCCUAGCGACGUAAGCAGCCUCUUGGAAAACGUCGAUGGAAACGCGAUGCUGGAAAUAGGAUAUUCCUUGCCUUGUUACGGUUCUCAACAAUCGAUGAGUGUAAUCACAAAAACCACUGAGGUAACUUUGGAAAGAACUGACGGUUCAAUUGGAAUAACUCUCAGAGGUGGCACAGUGUUGGACCACCCCAAUUUGAGUAGACCUUUGAUUGUCACACAUGUGAGGCCAAAUGGACCUGCAGCAAGAACUGGCCUCAUACGUGUCGGAGACAGGGUGCUGAAAGUGGACAACCAAUCCCUCUACAACAAGACCCUGGUGGAAGCCCAACAGCUCCUGAGAGAAAGCUGCGUCACCAAGAACCAAAACGGCGUCACCAUCACCACGCUCACCAUAGAAUACGAGGUCAGCAACAUGGAAACUGUGAAGUACGCCACUGGUCCCCUUCUGGUGGAGAUGGACAGGACGCAGGAGGAGGACUUCGGGGUGAUUUUGAACAAUUACGGAAGUGAUUUCGGUUUGGACGAAGUGACGGCUUCCGGGUUUUUCGUUGGACAUAUAAUACAGGGUAGUACGGCAGAUCGGUGCGGCGCCUUGAACAUUGGUGACCAGAUUUUGGCUAUAAACGAUUUGGCGAUGAAGGACUUUGAUGGCACGCUCGUGGAAGCGGAGAAAUUGCUGAGGAAAGCGAGGAGGUUGCAGAUUUUGCCCUUUCAUGCGUUGCACAGGGUGUCCAGGAAUUAUGGUUUUGGUCAAUACCCGAGUCCAAGUCUCAGUGGAUACAGCACAAUAAAUUCAAGAUGUUCCAGAAGAAGGAACAUACCAAAUCGUCGGAGUAUGCUACACAAAUCUUUCGAUGGGGAUUUAGGAUCAAAUAGUUUCGGCUAUUCCGGCAACAUGGGUGUUUGUCAUACGGAAACACUCAACAUCACCCUGUUCAGCGAUAGGGGAACUGGAUUUGGCAUAGGCGUUUCAGUGGGAGAACAUACAGACAAUAAGCCAGCAGAUAUUUUAAUCUCCAGGAUCGUCCCUGACUCCCCUGCAUACAGGUGUGGAUGCUUGCAGGUAGGAGACAGAAUAACAACGGUCAACCAUCAGUAUAACCUCACCCUUCAAGAAAUAACAGCAAUAUUAGAUCGAGGAACCGAAAUGAAUAACGUAUGUCAGGUAGCUCUGCAGGUAGAGUUCGAUGUGGCAGACACAAUAGUGCCUUCCAGUGGGAUAUUCACUGUAAAACUGGCGAAGAGGGGACCAGGGUUAGGAAUCACGAUAACCGCAUCCAAAGUGGCACCAGACGAUCCUUUCAUAAUCUCAGAGAUAUGCAGGGGCUCUAUAGCCCACAGAACGGGUACCCUUCACGCUGGCGAUCGGCUGUUGGCGAUAGACAACCAAACCUUGACCCAUCACACGGUCGAAUCGGCCUUCGACAUCAUAAAGCAUUCGAGCAGCGAUAUUGUCACGUUAAAGAUCGAAAAAACUGAGACUGAGGGUGAUAACCUCUUCCUGGAUAGCGUUGUGUACACCGUGGAGCUUCACAGGUAUGGAGGGCCACUGGGUAUAACAAUUUCUGGGAGCGAGAACACCAAUGAGCCGAUUAUAUUGUCCAGGAUCACAGAAGGUGGUCUCGCUGAAAAAACUGGAGCUCUUCACGUCGGAGAUAGGAUUUUGGCUAUAAAUAAGGAAAGUCUGGAACACAGACGACUAUCUGAUGCUAUAAGACUCCUCCAAACCUCCGGGGAUAGAGUCCAGUUGAAGAUUGCUCGCAACUUAAAGCCAAAAGAAUUCCGAACAGAUUUCAAGAUUGACUACUCCCCCGACUCCAGAGAAACGUCCAGCCUCAUGGAAUCGCAUCUGGAUGAUAGAUGCGAGUACUCAAGCCCAGAUGGAGUGAUGAGUGUAGAUAGUGCAGUACAUUCCUGGGAUAGCAAUAAUCCAGACAAUGCCGACAAUACUACCGAUAUCAAAGACGGAGAAAGUCUCAUGAGCGAACCGAUAUCGAUACCAUUCCCAGAGAAAGACUCCGCAUCCCUUGAUCAGAAGCACGAUUCGCAGAUACAGUUUUAUUCCGAUGCUGAUGAGGUUUUCUGCCCAAGUCCCUUACCUUUGCCUAACUAUAGCUACUCGCACUCGUACAAGUAUGACACGACUCACUCUUACCAGCAGUCAAACAACUUUAUGAAGAUGUACGGAGACGAUUGCCUUGCUGGUCACGAGAUAUUUCACGUCACAUUGUACAAAGAUUCAAUUUAUGAUGAUUAUGGCUUCAGUGUAAGCGAUGGCCUUUAUGAGAAAGGCGUUUAUGUCAAUAAAAUCAGAAAAGAUGGUCCUGCAGACAUAGUUGGACUACUUAAACCUUACGAUAGGAUAAUCCAGGUGAACGACACAAAAACUCAGGAUUUCGAUUGUUGCUUGACUGUCCCUCUUAUAGCAUCGGCUGGAGAUAGAAUUGAAUUGGUAAUCGCAAGAAAUCCAUACACCAAUUGUUGUGAAAGGGGAGAGCAAGAUGGUUUCAAUAAAAAAGUGUUUCCCAGCAAUCAACAUACCAUAACGAAGACACUAUAAUU